GAGUACCAGCCCUUCUCUAACUAGAUGUUGAUGAUGAAGCAAGUAAUCCUCUUCAGUCCUUUGCUCCUCUCCUCUGCCUCACAAUGUGGCUGUGCGAUUUGUUUCUGUGGCUUGAUCUGAGGGGAAUGCUGCUUUUUAUUUUUGCCUUUCUCCUCGUAGUGUAUUUUCUGAACAAAAAGGAUCCACCCAACUUCCCACCAGGACCACUAUCUCUUCCUCUAUUAGGAAACAUAUUCAACAUUGAAUCUAAACAGCCUCACAUUUACUUAACCAAGCUAGCUGAUGUUUAUGGGAAUGUGUUCUGCAUUCGUCUGGGAAGACAAAAAACAGUGUUUGUGUCUGGGUGGAAGAUGGUGAAGGAAGCAAUUGUCACACAGGCUGAUAACUUUGUGGACCGGCCUUACAGCCCAAUGGUGACCAGAAUUUAUUCAGGGAACUCAGCGGGUCUUUUUUUCAGUAAUGGGAACGUGUGGAGGAAACAGCGGCGUUUUGCCAUGGCCACGUUACGUACCUUUGGUUUGGCCAAGAGCUCCAUGGAGCAGAGCAUCUGUGAGGAGAGUCAUCAUCUGCAAGAGGCGAUGGAGAAGGAAAAAGGUGAGCCAUUUGACCCUGUGCCCCUCUUAAAUGACGCUGUGGCCAACAUCAUCUGCCAGAUAGUGUUUGGGAGACGGUUUGACUACAGCGACCACAACUUCCAGACCAUGCUAAAGAAUCUGACUGAGAUGGCUUAUCUGGAAGGAUCCAUAUGGGCUCUACUAUACGAUGCGUUCCCAGCACUGAUGAAACGCCUGCCAGGGCCUCACAAUGGCAUCUUCAGCAGCUCCAAAUGUUUGGAGGCAUCUAUCAGGGCAGAGAUAGAGAGGCACAAGUUGGAUCUGGACCCCAGCAACCCCCGAGAUUAUAUCGACACCUUCCUAAUAGAGGAGAAACGCAACAGAAACAGUGAACUUGGUUUUGACAAUGGCAACCUGGUUCUGUGUUGUCUGGAUCUGUUCCUGGCUGGUAGUGAAACCACUUCAAAGACCCUGCAGUGGGGGCUCAUCUACCUCAUCAAGAACCCUCAUAUCCAGGACAAAGUCCAGGCAGAGAUAGACAGAGUGAUCGGACAGACCCGACUGCCCAGAAUGGCCGACAGACCUAACCUGCCCUACACUGACGCUGUCAUCCACGAGAUCCAGAGGAUGGGAAACAUUGUUCCUCUCAAUGGACUUAGAAUGGCCGCCAAGGACACAACACUGGGUGGUUACGUCAUACCCAAGGGAACCUCAGUGAUGCCCAACCUGACCUCUGUGCUGUUUGACAAGACUGAAUGGGAAACUCCAGACACUUUCAACCCUGGACACUUCCUGGAUGCUGAAGGGAAGUUUGUGAGGAGGAAUGCAUUUGUACCUUUCUCUGCAGGAAAGCGUGCAUGUCUGGGCGAAGGCCUGGCAAGAAUGGAGCUGUUCUUGUUUGUUGUCAGUUUGUGUCAGAAAUUUUAUUUUUCCACUCUGGAUGGACUUGAGCUGAGUACAGAGGGAGUCAUUGGAGCCACACGCACACCAUACCCCUUUAAGAUCUAUGCCCACGCCCGCUAAACCCUGCAACCUGUCCUCUACUUUAGACUGUAUGCUACAGUAAAGCCAAAAAAUAUUAUACAUCUUUUA